AUCAACGUUGAUAACUAUAAUUAAACGUUGUAAUUCAAAAAUGCCAUACGAUCUUGUUUGCUUAGGAAACCCUUUGUUGGACCUCCAACUUGAUGUUGACCAAGAAAUUUUAACCAAAUACGAUUUGAAGGAUAAUGAUGCUAUCUUAGCAGAGGAAAAGCACUUGCCCAUCUUCGACGAGAUCAUUAACAACCCGAAGUUGAUUUUAGUUGCUGGAGGUGCUGCCCAAAACACCGCCAGAGGUGCCCAGUACAUCCUUCCACCAAACUCCGUCUGCUACUUUGGAGCCGUUGGUGAUGACAUUUACAAGCAAAAGUUGGUUGAAGCCAACGCUCAGUACGGUUUGACCACCAAGUACAUGAUUGAUGAGCAUGAAACUGGAAAGUGUGCUGCUUUGAUCUACAAACACAACAGAUCCUUGGUUACCGACUUGGGUGCUGCCAACCACUUCAAGCCCAGUCACUUUGACAUUCCUGAAAACUGGGAAAUCGUCCAAAACGCUAAGGUUUUCUACAUUGGUGGUUUCCACUUGACAGUUUCUCCUGAGGCCAUCAUCAAGUUAGGAAAGCAUGCGGCCGAGACCAACAAGCCUUUUGCCUUGAACCUCUCUGCUCCUUUUAUUCCUCAGUUCUUCAAAGAACCUUUGGCCCAGUCGAUUCCAUACGCCGAUUAUAUCAUUGGUAACGAAUCUGAAGCCGCUGCCUUUGCUGAAGCCAACGGUUUGGAAGCCACCGAUGUUGAAACCGUCGGUAAGUACAUCGCCAAGUUGCCCAAGGUAAACACUACCACCCCAAGAGUGGUGAUUUUGACCCAAGGUACUGAAGAAACCGUUGCUGUCUCCUACAACAAGGAUUCUGACUCCUACGAUGUCAAGAAAUUCCCCGUCGUAUUGUUGGAAAGCAGCAAGAUUGCUGACACCAACGGAGCUGGAGAUGCGUUUGCGGCUGGUUUCAUUGCUUCGGUGGUGCAAGGUAAAACUCUUGCUGAAGGUAUCAACGUCGGCCAAUGGGCUGCCCAGAUCUCUUUGCAAGAAGUCGGCCCUAGUUUCCCAUUCCCCAAACAAACCUAUGCUUAAGCAGUCUAUGUUUAAUAGGUGCUAGAUGAUGAACAUCAGCUCCUUACACUUCAUUUCAACAUGUAUUUUAAUUAUUGGGUUUGUGGACGUCCGGGAUCUAGAUAUAUAGCAUUUAAUUCAACUUUUUGCUCUCAAUCUGGUGUGAUAUCGUUACUUUUCUCUUCUUUUUUGCAGCCUGGUCGCAUCUCAUCUGCGACUGAAAAAUUACAUCGACCAC